GUCAUGAAGGUGCUGUUUCCGGCACCGUGUGUGUGAGCUGAUGAUGUCGGUUCGGGACUGAAGCUGAAUCCUCACCACCGAGUCCCGGGGGCUGAAGCCUCCUCGCCCAGCAGUCUGGGCUACGUCAGCAGCGAAUCCGGGGGUGGCGGUGAGGGGGAAGCGGCUGCGGUUGGCCGUUUGGGCCUGCUGGAGCACCAUGAUCCGCUGGAUCCGGCAGCAGUUGGGAUUUGACCCACCGCAUCAGAGUCCCAUGAGGACAAUUUAUGUUUCCAAUCACUUCCCCCAGUUUGGUAAUUUUGUUCAUCAAAAGUUUCCAGACAAUAGGAUGAUAUCAUCCAAGUACACAGUAUGGAAUUUUAUCCCAAAGAAUUUAUUUGAACAAUUCAGAAGAAUAGCUAACUUCUACUUUCUUGUAAUUUUUCUUGUACAACUGAUGAUAGAUACUCCUACCAGCCCUUACACCAGUGGACUGCCAUUAUUUUUUGUAAUUACAGUAACAGCAAUCAAACAGGGUUAUGAAGAUUGGCUACGACAUAGAGCAGACAAUGAAGUAAAUAACACUCCUGUGUAUGUGAUUCGAAGUGGUGGUCUUGUCCAAACAAGAUCACAAAACAUAAGAGUUGGUGACAUUGUCAGAAUAGAAAAAGAUCAAACGUUUCCCACAGAUUUAGUGCUGCUGUCGACUGACCAAGAGGAUGGGACAUGUUAUGUCACUACAGCAAGUUUGGAUGGAGAAACAAAUCUGAAGACGCAUCAUGCAGUUCCAGAAAUAGCUAAAUUGCGGACUGUUCGUCAGCUGGACACACUGAGAGCUGUCAUAACCUGCCACCAGCCAGAACCAGACUUGUAUAGAUUUGUCGGUCAACUUAUAAUAAGUGGAAAGCCGAACGACAUAGCAAGACCUCUGGGACCAGAAAACCUUCUACUUAGAGGAGCAAGUUUGAAAAAUACCAGCGCAGUUUUUGGUGUGGCUGUUUACACGGGAAUGGAUGCAAAGAUUGCUUUGAAUUACAAGAGCAAAUCACAGAAACGGUCCUCUGUAGAAAAGUCUAUGAACACUUUUCUGAUGGUCUUCCUGGGAAUUCUUGUGAUUGAAGCAAUUAUUAGUACCAUCUUGAAAUAUGUUUGGCAGUAUGAACCUUCAUACAAUGAAAGAACUACACAGGAGACUAAUAGCAGUAAAAUUCUGACUGGUAUAUCUGAUUUCUUGGCUUUCUUGGUGCUGUACAAUUACAUCAUUCCAAUUUCACUCUAUGUUACCGUUGAGAUGCAGAAGUUUUUAGGAUCCUUUUUCAUCAUGUGGGAUCUUGACUUGUACCAUGAUGCAUCAGGUCAACGUGCACAGGUUAACACCUCAGACCUCAAUGAAGAACUUGGGCAGGUGGAGUAUGUGCUUACAGACAAAACUGGAACACUGACUGAAAAUGAAAUGAAAUUCAGGGAAUGCUCUAUUAAUGGUGUUAAAUACAAAUACAUGAACGGCAAUUUGGUCCAUGAAGGAGUGACUGGGAAGUUUGAAAGAAGCAACCCAACUUUUACUGAUGAGGAGAAGAUGUUCUUGAAGGCACUUUCCAUUUGUCAUACAGUGCAUAUUAACGACCAGGAAGAGACCCAGAGACCAAGUUUGAGGAAUGUCGUUAGAGAUCCAUCCAAUGUGCAAUACUAUGCUGCCUCCCCAGAUGAAAAGGCUUUGGUAGAAGCUGCCAGAAAGAUUGGGGUUACGUUUGCUGGAUCCAAGGAGAAAAAUAUAUUACUUAACACCUUUGGAAAGGAUGAAAGGUACACACUUCUAGAGGUUUUAGAGUUUGAUGCAGAGCGCAGGCGAAUGAGUGUAAUUGUCAGAACACCAGAAGGAAAGACAGUAAUGUUCACCAAAGGGGCUGAAUCUUCCAUCCUCCCAUUAGCCAAAACUGGGGCAAUACCUACAAUUAGCACACAUGUGGACGAACUUGCUAUGAAAGGACUGCGAACGCUCUGCAUAGCAUGCAAGAAUUUAACCAAGAAAGAAUAUGAAGAAAUAGCAUCUCGGCUUCUUGAAGCUAGGACAUCUCUGCAGCACAGAGAACAAGAAAUAGCAGAUGUUUUCAAUUUUGUUGAAAGAGACCUGCAUCUGCUGGGAGUUUCUGGCGUAGAAGACAAGUUGCAAGAAAAAGUUCCAGAGACAAUAGAAGCUCUUAAAUUGGCAGGAAUCAAAGUAUGGGUUCUUACAGGAGAUAAACAGGAAACUGCAAUUAGUGUGAGUUUAUCAAGUGGACAUUUUCACAGGACCAUGAAUAUUUUGGAACUUACCAAUCAGAAAUCAGACACUGAAUGUGUUGCGCAGCUUCAAAGGCUUGAUAGAAGAAUAAAACAGGAUCAUGUGAUUCAGCAUGGCUUGGUUGUAGAUGGAACUAGCCUUUCAAUCGCACUCAGGGGACAUGAAGAACUGUUCAUGGAAAUUAGCAAAAACUGCAGUGCUGUGUUAUGUUGCCGAAUGGCACCCCUGCAAAAAGCAAAAGUUGUCAGGCUUUUAAAGACAUCGCCAGCCAAGCCUAUUACCUUAGCAAUUGGUGAUGGUGCAAAUGAUGUCAGCAUGAUAAUGGAAGCAAAUAUUGGCAUUGGAAUUAUGGGCAAAGAAGGAAGGCAAGCAGUGAGAAAUAGUGACUAUGCGAUAGCAAGGUUCAGAUUCCUCGCUAAGUUACUGUUUGUCCAUGGCCACUUUUAUUAUGUCAGAAUAUCACAUCUUGUACAGUACUUUUUUUAUAAGAAUGUCUGUUUUAUUACACCUCAGUUUUUAUAUCAGUUCUUCUGUUUGUUUUCACAACAGACAUUGUAUGAUGGUGCUUACCUGACAUUGUACAACAUUUGCUUCACUUCCUUACCCAUCCUCAUGUACAGUUUGUUUGAACAAGAUGUGCGCCCUCACAUACUUCAGAGCAAGCCAGCUUUGUACAAAGAGAUUAGCAGAAAUGAGGUCUUGUCCCUCAAAAAAUUUCUGUAUUGGACACUGCUAGGAUUUUGUCAUGCCUUUAUAUUUUUCUUUGGUUCUUACCUUCUGAGGGGAGAUGAUGCAUCCAUGAUGGGGAAUGGGCAGAUGUCUGGAAACUGGACAUUUGGCUUUUUGGUCUUCACAGUUAUGUUUAUUACUGUUACAUUAAAGCUUGGAAUAGAGACACACUACUGGACCUGGAUAAACCAUUUUGUUACCUGGGGUUCGAUAAUUUUUUACUUCGUGUUCUCUUUGCUUUAUGGAGCAAUACUUUGGCCAUUUUUGCAGUCGCAAGACAUGUACUGUGUCUUCGUUCAGUUGCUGUCCAGUGCUUCAGCCUGGCUUGGCAUUAUUGUUAUAGUAGUUGCCUGCUUGUUCCCUGACGUCCUAAGGAAAGUAUUCUGGAGGCAUACACGACCUACCUUACUACAAAGAGCGCAGAUGUACACCAACAGAGUUGCUUUAGAGGAUGACUACAUUGCUCUACAGCCACUGGCCAGGGCCAGGAAUCAACUGAGCAAGAUUAGCUCAUGGACGCCAAUUCUGGCAUCACCUGUAUGGAAUCGAUUUGCUGUUACUCAAGAGGAGAAACAGCAUGUUCGCCUCUUAGAAGAAUACUAGAUCAAAUAAUGGGAAGAUGCAACCCCUUGCGAGUCAACAGAUGUUGGAGUGACCUGGAUCCCUACUGCACGAAUGACAGGAGCAUCUUAACUCUCUCAUCAAUGGAUGGUUCCUCAAAUUCUUCAGUGGCUUAACAGUUGAGUGAAGACAUAGUGGAUGCUGUGUCUUUAUUUUCUGCUGUUAUUUUUUUUUCCAAUUCCCUAUUUAAUUGUAUAUUCAAUCACAGCCCAAAGAAGUUAAUCCAUUGUAUAAGAAACAGGGGCAGAAAGUGACAGUUAAGAUUGUAAUUUAUUUGUAAAUAGUUGUAACUUACCGCAUUUUCCUCUUUACAAGAUGUCGUGAUUCUGGAGCUAUAUUUUUCUAUUUUUUUGUUCUUGGAUGGGGGAGGAUAAGGGAGUGGGAUAGUGGAAACUUCCCUUUGGUGCAUCCCCUUUUUAGGGCUAGAUCUGCAUUAUUGCUGAAUCCAAUUUUUUUGACAUUUAAAGUUCAGUCGAAAAGUGACUUUAUGGAAGUGGAAUUUCUGGCAUAUGACUCAUUCUUGUAAACUUCAAAAAGCUGAUGGCAUCAUUACCAUUCUAAUUGCUUCCAUUGCUGGAUUUUGCUGAAUGACUAAUACAGUGAACCAGUCGUAGAAGCAGUCAAUACUGAAGCUGCACUAUGAACUAGUAUAAAAAUGCAAUCAAGAAAUAUGCCAAGUUAAAAUAUUACAAUAUCUAUUAUUUCCAAAAAAUGUUAAUCCACUUCUUAAAUUUAGUGCAGCGCGUCUGUUUUGAUCAGAAACUUGUUUUGUGCUGUUUCUAAAACUAGUCACUAAAAGCAGUGGGCUGGGUCAUUCAGUUUGAGUUCAUUAGCCUGUCAUUUUCUGGCAAUUAAACUGAAUGGACAGAAAAUUGCUAUGGUGAAUGCAGAAGUGGCAACCCCUGUCUAAUAUUUCUGUAGUUUGCCUUAGCUGCCAGCACCUGCUAACACUUGUUGCAGCAGAUUUGGAAAUGCAAAAAGACUGAGGUGCUUAUCAGAACCCCAAAAUAAGAUUUGGAUUUUUUUUAAAGUGCUUAAAAUUGUUGUUGGGCUAAAGGGUAUAUCUUGCAAGUUAAGACCAUUACUGGAUAUCAUACUGGAGUAUUCCUUUGAGACUCAUCUGUACCUGUGCUUUCACCUAGAAAAAUGUCAUUAUCUAUAACUCAUACUUUGGUUCUACCAUUACACCACAUUGGUUUCUGUGAUUUCUAGGCAAAAAAUACAUUGCCUGUUGUGUCAACAAGUUAGUGUGGAUAAAUUACAAUUUAAUAAGUGCAGCUGCAUGUCAAAAACUGCAAGCUGCACUGUUAGGGUAAGUUAUGUUUCCAAUCUAUGUCCAAAUGUUUGGGGAAUAUUGUUCAGUGUUACUGAACUGGAUUAAGUAAACCAUUCCCAACACUGACUUAUUAACACAACAGUUAAUUAGUAAUUGAAGAGAAGCAAAACGCUACAAUGUGGGUGCUUUUUCAAAGAAGGAGAUUAAUGAAUAUUGUCAAAAUGAGAUUACUUUUCAAUUUAAUUUCAUUUAUCAAAUUGAAGGUGUUUCUCAGCAGGGGUUCAAAGUUUAUUCUAGUGGAAGCUGGGAAAUUCAUAAUUCCUGAAUGUAUUUCUAGCAUGUGCCAGUUUUAUUGAAAUUGGUUUUGUAAAAGUGUAAUUAAACAUUAGUGGGAUUUUAAUAUUUCUUCCUAAAUAGACAGGCGCUGUUAUCUACCCAAUUGUCAGUGCAAUAUUAAAAAAUACACAGCACAAUCAUUUUAUUUUGUUUUUGAAGUAGCCAACCUGUGCUGCAAAUGUUGACCGCAUGAAUGAUUUUUUUCCUCUACUUCCAUAGUAACAGGUUUUACCAGUAAAAUGGUUCAAGGUUUGAUAUAGUACCUGAGUAAAAGGGUACAAGAUACAGGUGGUCAAGUACUAUGUAUAUUGCAUCCUGCUUGGUACUAUUUUCAGUGGGAAGAUUUGUCUUUGAACGAGGCAGGCAAGUAUUAAGGAGAAAAGAGAAUUGCAUUACCUGUUAGUGAAUGAUUACAGUGUUUUUGUGCAAGGGCACACAACUAAAUACACAGCUUGAGUAAACUAUUGAAACUCUUAGCCACAUUCCUAUUUAAGAUAACAUUAGAAGGUUUAAAAAUUAACCAUUUGAUAGUGGUAAUUAUACUCCAUCAACUAGCUAAUUAGGAAGAGCAAAGUUCUAUCAUUGGACAGAAAAUAUAUUUUAUAAUACAGUAAAUUAAUUUAUUCAUUGAUAUAUUCAGUUCAAAAUCAUGGACACCCAAUGCAGGAAAAGGGAAAGUUGCAGAUUUCACUUUAAAAGUGUUAGAUUUGUAACAGUUGCUGGCUUUGCAUGGAUAUCUAUUAAAGUUAAAUACUGAAUUUAAUGAUUGUCUUGCAAAAUUUUGAAAUGUUUACAAAAUGCUUUUUAAUGUGUUUUGAGAUUUAGUUCUGAUUGAAUCUGAACGAAACGUGCCUUGUAAAUGUGAUUUAAUGAGAAGGAUAAAAAAUGGGUUUGUUAAAACGUAACAUUUCAAAGCUUGAAAAACUUUGUAAAUCUGCUCCAGUUUUUGUGUGAUGUUGUCCUAUUCUGUUCCAAAGUGUUUCUGAAAUUCCUUUCCACGAUGGAGAAAUGGGUGCGGUACAAUUUGGCUUGAAAAUGACUGAAUGACUGUCAUGUGGCAAAUAAUGAAGCAGAGGCUAAAGGCUGUGAGAAUCCCCAAAGCCUUGUUUGUGUCCAGUGGUACUUUAGUCUGAAAGACACAUUGGUACAGAUGCUUUUGGUAUGUUUACAUCAGUAGCAAUAAAAAAAAACUGAGAAUCUUGGACCUCAGACACAGGUUCUCGCUGUUUUGUGUGUUUGCAUUAUGUUUUUAUUAAGAUUUGUUUUCUGUUGAUUUUUUCAUCCCUAAGCCACUCUAUGUUGGUAAAACUUUUCCUACAACAUUUAUGUUUAUAUUGACCAAUAAACCAAGGGGAUAAAAUAAAGGUAUAUUAAAAUUGA